GAAAAUGAAAAAUGAUGACUAUAUUUUGUUGCAAGAAAAAGGAGGAAACUACUUUAUAUUAUUAGAAUACACAGUAAAAUCGAAAAACAGAAAAAUAAAAAAAGGAACGGAAAGAAUAAGGAGAAACAAACCAACACAAACGCCAAUCGUCUUCAGAGGCUCUGUUGUGUGGUUCAUAGCAGGACAAGUAUAUAGUAAUUAGUAACCAAUAGAAUGUCUCCAUCAGUGAAAUCAAAAUCCAAGUCCCAGGAGAAGGCCUCUGCAAGGGCUGGUAAGGAACAACACAAGACUUCUCCAAAGACUUCUGUGUCUCCAACUCAGGGGAGUAGUGUUUCUGCUAGUGCGCACAAUCCAAUCUUGGGAACAUUACAAACUUCAGAAACAUCGUUGGUUGCUUCUUCCGCUCAAGUUCAUGAACACAGUCAUUUCCCAAAACCAGAUGAUGCAGAUGAGCAUUCUAGCAGUCCUCAAGGAACGGUUUCUGAGUGUGAUUCUGUUUCUAAUAAUGGCAGCUGCUCAGGUGAUUCCGAAGAGUCUAAAGAGAAGGCAACAAACUCUUUGAGGCUGGAUAGUAUACCUGGUUGUGAUAAUGACAGAAGGGAGAAGAUCCGCCUGAAGAACGAGAGGAAGCACCAGAGGCAGAGGGAAAGGAGAGCUCAGGAGUUGCAUGACCGUUCUUGCGGGUACUUGAUGUCAAGAAAGCUUGAAUCACUUGCACAGCAGUUAGUGGCGAUGGGGUUCUCUUCUGAGCGAGCAACGAUGGCUUUAAUGUUGAAUGAUGGCAAAUUGGAGCAAUCAGUAUCCUGGCUAUUUGAAGGGAGUGAAGAACAAUCACAAACCAAGAAUACUAACAGCCUUGUAAGUGAGGGUAAUUUGAAAAUUGACAUAAGUGAUGAAUUUGCUCAGAUAUCUGCCUUGGAGGUGAAGUACAACUGUUCAAAGCAAGAGGUUGAAAGAGUAGUUGUUGCUUGUGAAGGUGAUCUUCAAAAGGCAGAAAAUACCUUAAAAACACAGAAGCAGGAAUCUCCUGUGACCCGUCCAAAGUCAGAAGAUUCUGAUCAAAAUAAUAGUCUGGUGAGAUCUCAAGGAAUGCCAGCAGUGUCGGUUUCAAUGCAGCCAAGAGUGAAUGAAAGUGACUUUAACCAUUACAACAAGGUAGGUGGUUCUGAUUCUGUGUUCCCAGAUCUUGAAGGUGGGAAUGCACAGUAUCUACAGUCAAAUCUUCCAAACAUGAUGACCGAGAAAAGAAGGGGUGUUCCAGGAUCAAGCCCUUCUGCUAUGUUAGCCAUGGCACCAUCAAUGCAAGCAGCGUCUCCAUUUGUUAAAAUGGAGGGAGGCCGGCCGAUAGCCCUUACAAAUGAAGGAAGAAUGAUUCAACACGGACUGGGAAGGGAGCCAGUAAUGAUGCAACAUCCACAAUUCACAAAUGCCAAACAGAACUCUAUGUUUUCUUUAAAUUCCUUUCCCUCAGGAACAGCAGGUUGGUAUGUAAAUAGUAUUCCAGGUGUUGAAAAUGUGAGGUCAAAUGGGAAGUUCCUACAAACUCAAAACAUGAGAAGUGCGAGUCCAAAUCAUUUGGAGCAAUUUUGUCAACCUCCUUAUAAAGAAUACUCUCAUUUCCUUGGACCACCAGAUUACUCAUCUGCUGGGGUGGGUGGUUUAUACAAGCCAAUGGGUGCAUCAUCAUCACCUUCAUCCACAAUUCCUCCUCAACAUCAAGGUUCAUGGAGCACAAGCGCGCCAUCGCCUGCACUUACAGUUCCAACUUCCCUUGGACUAUUUUCCGGCCAUCAGAAUGCAGCCAGAACAUUCAGCUCACAUUAUCACAUGGAUUGGAACACCGGGGGCAUGAUGCCAGAAUUUGACUACACCAGUAUAGAUUGGAGUUUGAAUGCGCCGUCGUCAUCUUCAUCGGGUCAAGGGUUGUCUUCAGUGUUGAGAAACAGUUAUGGCAAUAGGAGGGGGAGUUCAUGUAUGAGUGGAUUGCAAAGUGUUGGCAUGGCUAGGGAAAAUACAUCAUCUGCUGGAUUGAGAGAGUGGACCACUCCUUUUGCUGGGAAGGACAUAUUCAGUGUUCCUAGGCAGUUUGUUACCUCUCCUCCUAUGUAGUCAGUCUCAUAUUUUGGGAACUAAAGGGGAUUAGUACUUGCUGUAUUAAUGGUUGUUUCUGGUUUUCCACUGAAAUUCAUCUUCUAAUUGUGGCCUAUCAUUUUUUUUCUUCUAAUGGAUGCCUUUGGAUAAGAAUCUGAA